CCCGCGCAAGCGCGGGCGGCCCCGGCGGGGGAGGCGCGCAUGCGCAGUGCGUCUGGGCCUACAUGCGAGUCUGCAGGGCGCCAGAGCAGAACCGGAGCCGCGGCGCGAUGGAGAAGUUCGGCAUGAAUUUCGGGGGCGGCCCGAGCAAGCGGGACCUGGCGGAGACGAUCGAGUCGCAGAAGAAGCAGCUGCUGCAGUACCAGGCGCGCCUGAAGGACGUGGUGCGGGCCUACAAGAGCCUCCUGAAGGAGAAGGACGCGCUGGAGGCCAGCGUCACGGCGCUGUCGGCGUCCCACGAGGCGCACGGCGGCCCCCCCGCCCCGGCGGACGCGGCGGACGACGGCAGCUCGGUGCACAGCGAGGACAGCGGGGGCACGGCCGCCAGCGCCGACACGGCCGCCAGUUUCCCCAGCGCCAAGGGCGAGCUGGGCGCGGAGGAGGAGAGGGCCGCCCCGCCGAAAGCGGAGGAGGCCAGCGGGUCGGAGAGCGGCGUCAGCACCGGCAGCGCCGAGGCGCCGGAGGCCGACAGGCGGGUGCUGCAGCUGAAGACGCAGCUGGCCACCUUGACCAGCUCCCUGGCCACCGUCGCGCAGGAGAAGUCCCGCAUGGAGGCCUCCUACCAAGCGGACAAGAAGAAGAUGAAGCAGGACCUGGACGACGCCGCGAAAAAGGCGGAGGAGGAGCAGAGCCGGCUGGAGGCGGAGCUGGCGGGCGCCCAGGAGCAUCUGGCCGAGGUCAAAGCCCGCCUCAUCGCCCAGCAGCACGACCGGGCGCAGGAGCAGGGCGACCACGCCGUGAUGCUGCGGGAGCUGCAGCGCCUGCUGCAGAGCGAGAGGGCCGCGCGCCAGGAAGCGGAGCUGAAGCUGGAGGAGACCCGGGAGGCGCUGGCCGGGCGGGCGUGCGCGGCCGACCGCGCCGAGACCUACGAGCUGCACGUCCGGCGGCUGCGGCAGGAGGUGGAGGAGCUCCAGCGGGAGCUGCAGGCCGCGCGGGACGAGAGCGGCAAGCCGGACCCCCGGCUGCAGACCCUGCGGGAGGAGAUGGGCAGCCUCAAGCAUCACUUCCAAGCGCAGCUGCUGCAAGAGAUGAGAAAGACAGCCCAGGCAGAAGAGCAGCUCCGGCAGCAAGCCCAGAUGGAGGAGCGGCGCGUGGCCAGCUUGGAGGGGCAGGUCUCCGAGGCGUCGGAGCUGCUGGGCACUUACGAGAAAGCCAAGCAGAAAGACCAGCUGGUGAUUCAGAAGCUGAAAGACCGCAUCGUGCAGCUGGACCUGGAGAACAAGACCCUGGCUAUUGCGGCGUCCAGCCGGUCCCCCGUGGACCUGCACCUGGAGGAGGCCAACCUUGACGUCAACGUCCUGAAGGACAAAAUGGAGAUGCUGAAGAGGCUUCUGCAGGCAGCAGCUAAGAAGAGCCAGCCAGCUCUGGACAUCGAGAAGCUGUGUGAACUGGAGCUGCCGAGGGGCCACGAGGCAGGGGAUGGGGAGAAGGCCACUGCCCUCUACUACCAGCAGGAACUAAAGCAGCUGAAGGAGGAGUUUGAACGAUACAAGAUGAGGGCCCAAGUGGUCUUCAAAAACAAGUCGGCCAAAGACGGCAGCACGGCGAAGGAGCUGGAGGAGGCUCAGGAGCAGCUGGCAGAGCUGAAGGAGAAGUACGUCGCGCUGCGGCUGUCCUGCGAGGAGAUGGAGAAGCAGCAUCAGCAAGAGCUGGAAGCCAGGAAGCAGGAGCUGUGCCACCUGCAGCAGGGUCACCGGCAGGAGCUGGAGAGAUGCCAGCUGGAGUACCGAGAGAGGAGCCUCAUGCUGGAGGAGGAGAUGCACAAGCAGCGGGACCGCGCGCUAGCCAUGCUGGCGGAGAAGGAUCAGGAGCUGGAGCAGCUGAGAGCCGUGGCCGUGCCAUACGGGCUCCACGGCUCCAAGAGCUACAUGGGACCAGGAGGUAACGUGGGCGAUGACAGCUUAGCGGGUGACAUCUCCUCCGAGAACCUCACACAGGCCCUGCACAUCGCCGCGGCCAGUGAGCCCACCUUCUUCCUGUACGCAGAGCAGCUGGCUCGCAAGGAGGUGGAGAUCACAGCCCUGCGGAAGCAGAAGCACCAGCUGGAGACGGAAGUCCACCAGCUGCAGGAGAAGAUCCUGGUCGAGGGGGAGAAGCACAGGGAAGAGGUGUCCGCCCUUCAGGACCGUAUCCAGAAGACCGUCCGGGACCAGAGCAGGGAGGGAGCCAACCUGGAGUAUCUCAAGAACAUCGUCUACCGCUUCUUGACCUUGACGGACUCUCUAGGCCGUCAGCAGACGCUAACAGCCAUAUUGACUAUUCUGCACUUUAGUCCGGAAGAGAAGCAAGUGGUUAUGAGACACUCGGCCUAUGGCAGCUGGUGGCUGCCUGGGAAGAGAUGAGACCUCGUGCUCACUUGAACUCCUCCCCUUUAGUAACACAUUCCUGGUUUCUGUCUGUCCCGAAAGACCCAGCCACCCUUCCCCUUCAAGUGCGUGUGUCCUGGCAAACGCCGAGGGGCUUGGGGAGCCUUCAGCAGAGAGCUGAGCUUUUACACUAGUGCCUUUAGCGCUACUCUAAUGGCAGAAUCGCUCUGGUCACUUGCCAGGACCACAGAUGUCUUUGCUACGGGUAUCCACAGGAGGGUGGGGAGGAGACCCUGACUCAGGGCAGCAGCCGUGUUAAAUCUCCUUUCCCUGUUGGGCCAACCCUCCGUGCAUGCAAGGAAUAGGGGGACCCCGUCACUUGCUUGUCCGUGGGCCUGCACUUGAGCAGCGAAGGAAGCAGCCCUUUGGAGGUGGGGAGACGCGAUGCUCGUGUCACUUGAUGUGGGGAAAAGCAACAGGGUGAUGGUGACGGGUGAAAUGUAAUUCCCACUGUCCAGGAAUGGGAAAUCCUGGGCAGCUUUGCGUGAUGGCCAAAAUCACACGAGAGUGAAACAGCUCCUUGUUUUCAGUGGGGACAGCCAAAGUGUGCGGGGGAAGAUUGGGGAAGCGUAGCAAGAAGUCCCCUCUGCAGCAGGGAUUCUCCACGGAGCCGGACGUGGGCUCAUGCGGGGGGAAACGCUUUCCCAGCUCUUUCACUGACUGGCACUUUAUAACACCGGAGGAGUGAGAGGUGGCUCUGGACACAUCCCUGGUAUGUCUGCGGUAGAUCAGGCACUGCUCUGCCCCCAGCCCUCUGGGAGGAGACAGGCGCUGUCCCAGGAAGGAAGGCUGAGGGGACAAAGCUAAGGGGAUGCUCUGGCCCUUGGCAGUCAUUUGCAGGCUGCUGAGACUUGUGCCACGUCCUGGGUGCUUCUAAGUAUAAUUUUACUUAUUUUGUGACAGCUUGGACGGGGCCCAGAGCCAGUGCAAGCAGCAGGGGAGGGCAGGAGAAGCAGUUUCUCCCAAGACCAGGGACUCUUGUAGCUCUGGAGCAUCUGCGCGUGCUUCAGGCCUCACUGCUGUCAUCCUGAGCCAUGGGUGAAGGGACCAUGCGCAAGCCUGGUCAGGAGCAGAGUCCCUGGGGAGAUGGGCUGCAGCUGCCUCCUCCCGGGGUCGUGGGAAGGAAGAUCCUGCCAGGAAACAGGAGCAAAAGUAGUGGGGACUUCCAGUUAGUCCUGCUCCCUUUCCAGCAGGCACUGCCGCCUUUCUGGGGCAGGAUCGUGGUGCCAGCCAUGCAGCUUGCCUAGGGCAGAGAGGCACACAGGCCAUGAGAGCCCUCUCCGCUCUGGUUUGGUAACAAGCCAAGCUGGGAUCGUCCCUUCCCACUGAAGUCAGUGUUUGUGCCUGGGGUUGCGGUCUCCCUUGCCCCUGCCCCUCCUGUGCUUCAGUUUGUCCCCCUUUUUUUUCCACCUCCCACCCAAAAGCAGCAGUGUUUCCAUUUGCUGCCACUGCAGUGUUCUUGUUCCCUGCCCCUCUUCCCCAUCAUGGACCAGCACUGCCAAGCCAGGACUGCCUGCUCCAUGGUCGCACAAGGCCCCUCGAGCGCUGCACACGCGCUGCCAGGGCAGGGUGAUGUUGCUACAGCAGGUCGGGGCACGCGAAGCAGGGAUGAAUGGCGCUACUGGCUCUGCCAUCCCUCGGCAGCGUGGGGUAUCCGCGCUGGGACCUGCCGAGCGCUGCCACCUCAUUCCUCCGAGCAGGAGGGGAUCAGGCGCUGCUCUUGGGCACCGUGGUGGGCUUCCUGCCGCCGGGGCAUCCCGGUGCUGCUGGUGAGCAGUAUUAGUAGGGCCUAUCCAGGUUCUCUGCCCUGCAAUGGGUUUCCUUUGCCCCUUUCGGUGUAAUGGAUCCGGCCAUCCCCGCGGCCCCUUUCCCAGGGCUGCCAGCUGGCCCUGGGACCGGGGCUGGUGUCCAAGGCUGAGCUUCUUGGUUUCCACAAGCCAAGGUUUGGGCCAGCGAACAGCAAAGCUUCUGCCCUCCCUCGGACGGCUCUGCCAGCGGCAUCGGGAGGUCUGGACGACGAUUUGCCUGGUGCACGUGUGGUCGUACGAGGGUCUCAUUAAAGGUGCAUUGUGUUCCCGGCA